CACGAACGUUUAUUUCGUUUUAUUUCGCGUAAAAACGCCUAUGUUCCUCCAAUAAUCGCAGUAAAAAAAAGAUAAGAUAGAAAUAGGUAUCUACAGGUGUAGAUAUUAAUCUUUUUUACUUUAUACUUACAUUCACUGACAAUUUUUGUCUAGUUAGUAAGUAAAAUAUUUUAGUAAUGCGCGGAGCAGUGUUUUAAGUGACAAACAUGAUACUAAAAAUUCCGUAUGUGCUUUUAAUUUGUGUGUACUUUUCUAGUUUGUGUAAUGGCAGUGUUAAAGCUGAAAGUAUUUGUACUGUGGAUGGAAUUGAUAAUUUAAAUUGGAUUUAUAAAAGUCAGGUGUCAAUUUUUGAUAAUCAUGACGGAAUCGUGGAAACAUUUCCAAUGUUAAAUAUAGAAAGUGCACACGUUGAAAAUUCUUCAUAUUUAGCAGCAACUGUACAAGAUAACAAAAUAAUAAUAUCCACAACUCCGGAUUUCCAAGAAAUCGAAAAUCAAUUAAGUGAUAAUCCUAUUUCGGCGACUUUAGUUACAGUAUGCGCUGGACAAGAAAGCAAAUUGGAAUAUAUCUUAGAAUUAAAAGACACCAAUAACCAUGAACCUAUAUUUGAAAAAGAAACAUACGAAUUUGUUUUUUAUGAUGUUAUUCCCGAUAGUGACGACUUCGAUUUGAAUGAAUUCCAAGAAAUCGCCGCUGUUGAUGUUGAUUUCACUAACAAUUUAAUUAAUUUUACAAUUGAAAGUAAUGAUUAUUUAGAAUUUAAAGAUGUAGCAGGGGUGCAAGAUCCAGGAAAUUUACAUCGCUUUGUUGCUACUUUGGUACUUAAAAAAAAUAUGUUGGCUCCUUUUGAUAAAACAUUUACAAUAACAGCAACAGAUGCAGGUGAACAUUCUUUAUCAACAACUUCUUAUAUUCAUGUAACGGUAUUGCGAAGUGAGACGCCAAAUUUUACACAAUCUUUUUAUAGUGGUCGUGUAACCAAAGAUAGAAAAAUUCUUAUGGAAAAUGAAAUAAGACUAGUGAAUGUGACCAAUUUCGAAGAUAUUCGAUUUGAUAUUUCUAUAGAAUACGAACAAUUUUUCAAUUUAAAAGUUUCUGAUAUCAUAGAAUUGGAAUUUUCCGGAAACGAAGAUCCAAUCGGAUUAAUUACGAAAGAAAUUCCAAACUUGUACUUUUCUAUUUACGCGGAAGGUAAAGAACCAGAAAUUUAUGCUGAAGCAAAUAUUUUAUUGAAUAUGGAAGAGUUGUUAUUCAAUGAUUCUGUGGAAUCUAUUGAAUCACCAAACGAGGAAGAAUUAGAUCGACCUGGAGUACUUCCAAUUGAAAUCACCGCACCACCUGAUGUACUUCCCAUCGAAGUAACACUUCCACCUGAAGAAGAGAUUCCACCACAAGAAGAACUUCCACCAAGUGAAGCUUUACGAGGAUUUAGUCACUGGAUUGAUGUCAAUAAAACUUACAUUAUUUUGUUUAGUGUACUUACAGGUUGUGGUGUUUUAACGUUUUUCUUUGUAUCGAUCAGAAAAAGAAAUGUUAGGAUUAGUUAAAACAAUCUUAUUAAAAGUAAUAAACAUAAUUAUAUAUAUUUCGUGAA